GCGUGUGCGCGUGUGUUUAGUUUCGGUUUUGUCUUCCAGGAUCCCUCCGACGUCUGCUCCUCUGUCCUCGACGCACCGCAGCUCUUCGUCUCUCGGUCUCUCUCUUCCUCUUGCUCUUCGUCUCUCGGUCUCUCUCUUCCUCUUCCUCUUCGUCUCUCGGUCUCUCUCUUCCUCUUCGUCUCUCGGUCUCUCUCUUCCUCUUCGUCUCUCGGUCUCUCUCUUCCUCUUCGUCUCUCUUCCUCCCGGUUGUCCGGUGACUGGGCUCUGGUUCGUGUUGUCGUCUCUCCUUCCUGUUGCUGCCGGAGAAGAGAGACUUGGAGCGAAUGAACGUCACGAUGUUGGACCGUCUGGUCUGAGGACAGAGGACAGAGGACAGAGGGAUGGACGGGGACAGAGGUGAUGGAGGAGGACGAACGGAGGUGAACGAUGAGUUUGCCUGUGCCGGGACGCUGCGUGGAUCUCUGUCGUCGCUGCACGGCACCGUGGAGCGGAUCUUCAGGGUGACGUUGGGGAUCGGGGCAGACGAUCCGCCUCACGCCAACAACGGGCAGAUCUGGCUCAAACUACGAGGAGCGAGCGUCGACGUGAGAGCUGCCAAAUUGUUUGUGAAAGGAGUCGUGAACCAGGAGGAGCAGCAGGACGUCUCCUACCCCGGGGUCCUUCACUGUGUCUUCUGUGGAGCCAGGGGGCUGUUCAUGGACGGCCUGAUCAGAAGCACCUCGGCACACAUACUGGUCGGAUCUCCGGGUUUCCUGCUCAUCUCAGGUCUUGCUGAGCCGGUGGUUCGAGCCUAUUCCCUGAUCACAGACCUAGUGGAGAGGUACGAGGGCUCACAGUCCCGACGCUCCGAGACGGGCGACCGAGGCCUCGGAGAGUCCCUGGAUUCAUGCCGGGCCUUCAAGACUCUGGUUGAGAAGUGGGAAGACAGGCACAUCCUGGAUCUCCUGGUGCUUCCCGGGUCGGUGAAGGAAAUCCUGCUGGAUUUGGUGAAAGAAUCUGGACUUGGAUCAAGACCAGACCUGGCAGUGACAGACGGAAACGCCCGAGUACCUGAUGACCCGAGGGAUCGGCGGGACAAACACCUUGAGCCUUACAACUCUACUGAUCGGUGGGUUGAAGGGACGACCGGAGCUUCGGGAAAAGACUCGGUCCAAUCGUUCUCCACGGCUGCAGGCGCCCGGGCCGAGGGUGCUGAGGAAAGACUCGUGCCUCCUCCACAGGAAGUCAGAGAAGAGGAUCCGCCAGAGCAGAGGGAAGCACCAGGCACCGAGGAGGAAGCACAGGAGCAACCGCUGUCAAUGGGAAACAAAGAGUUUUGGCUUUUAUUGAAGUUUUUCUCAGCCAUGGGUUACACAGAGGAUGUCGUCAAACGAGUGCUCGCUCGAACUGGACCCAAGGAGGCCUCACAGAUACUGGACUUGGUUCAACAGGAGCAGGAUCGCAGCGACCGCGAACAGCUGCUUCAACGCGGCGAAGACCAAAAACAUCAAGAUGGCGUUACCCUGAAUAAGAGCGAGAGGAACCGACCCUGCGAGACAGAGCACAGGGUCGACGAAGAAACAGCCACAGGACGAGACGCGGCAAUAAGUCGGAAUGAACCAGAUGGAGAAGUUCUGGAUGGAGAAGUGCUGGAUGGAGAAGUUCUGGAUGGAACAGUUCUGAGUGGAGAAGUUCUGGGUGGAGAAGUUCUGGUUGGAGAAGCGAGCAGAGCAACAGGAGGCACAGGACACGGUGAGGAAGGUAGUCCAGAGGGAAAGGAGGAAGCACAAGAGGAAGACUUUGUCCUCGGCGUGUUGAUGAAAGCCGCAGCCAGCUGUGGAUACACGGAACAGGAAGUAGCCAAAGUCUACAACAUGUUGCCUGAUGGAUCCACUCACCAGCUCCUCCUGGAGCUGCAGCGAGAGAGCGACGCCUUCAGGGACGGUCCGAGAGAGAUGGACGACGUGAUGCUGGAGGAAGAAGGACCAGGAGUCAGACCAGGAGUCAGACCAGGAGUCAGACCAGGAGUCACACCAGGAGUCAGACCUGAAGUCAGACCAGGAGUCUUACCAGGAGUCAGACCAGAAGUCAGACCAGAAGUCAGACCUGAAGUCAUACCAGGAGUCAGACCAGGAGUCAGACCAGGAGUCAUACCAGGAGUCAGACCAGGAGUCAGACCAGGAGUCAGACCAGCGGAGGAUAAAGAAACUAGAGGAUCUGACGACGACGGGUGGGGGGUGGUGCCACAUCUAACUGCACCUGUUGCAGGCUCAGAUUUGAUUCCUUGGAUUAAUAAUCCACAUCACUACAGCUCACAGCCGUCAGGCUCACAGAGUUCACAGCAAAACAUCCUGCCUGAGGUCAAAGGGCCACCCAUGCCCACCUACCCCUCAUCCCUAGAUCCUCCAUGCACCAAUACCCAAACUAACAAACAAUAUGAACAAAUCCUCUACUGGACUAAUCCAACCACCUCAAAUCCAAACCACCCACCUCACGACGACGUCUUCAAUCCAACGCCCCGGUCUGUAAAACAAGCGCCUCAACCCCCGGUCUUCCCCCGAGACGACUCAUCUCCCACCAGGGCGGCGGAGAGGCGGGGCUUCACGCGUGCUUCUUUAGUUGUGGUGACCGGGGAGCAGCGCUUCCUGGAGGGUCUGCAGACGCCCUUUGACCUCCGGCUGACAGACCGGCCCGGAGACGCCAAGCUGAGGACCAUCGUCAUCGAUGGGAGCAACGUGGCCAUGAGUCACGGGCUGGGACACUUCUUCUCCUGUCGAGGAAUCGCUCUGUCCGUCCAGCACUUCUGGGACGGAGGUCACCGUCACAUCAGCGUCUUCCUGCCCCAGUGGAGACAGAAGAGCGACCCCAGGGUCAAAGAGCAGCACUAUCUGACGGAGCUGCAGCAGCUGGGCCUGCUCUCCUACACCCCGUCCAGAGAGGUGCAGGGGAAGAGGAUCAGCUCGUACGACGACAGGUUCAUGCUGCAACUCGCAGAAAAGACGGACGGUGUGAUCGUAACCAACGACAACCUGAGAGACCUGUCGGACGAGUCCACGGUGUGGAGGGACAUCAUCAAGAAGAGACUUCUUCAGUACACGUUCGUCGGCGAUCACUUCAUGGUGCCGGACGACCCACUGGGGCGAGGAGGUCCCCGCCUGGACGACUUCCUACGUUCAGAGCACAGAACUCCCGACCCAGGGAACCACUCCUUUGCCUGCGCCGCCACCACCUUCCCCUCCCCCAAGCCUCCCCGGUCCCAAACGGAGGUUCUGAACUUCCGCGACCGAACACCAGGUGGCGGUGUGUAUCCAGCGAGCAGAGGCGGUCGGGGGAAAGGCAGGGGGCACGGGAAGGGGCGGAACCUGGCUCAGCAGCAGCACAGGCCACAUGGAGGUCCAGGUCAAGGUCCUGGUCCUGGUCCUGGUCCUGGACCGGUGUUGCAAGCAGACAGGAGCCCAGAGGAGACGAGCAGCCUGAGGCAGCAGCUCUGUCAGGUCUUCCCGGGUCAGGACAACGUAGUGACGCUGGUGCUGCAGGUCCAUCCGACCCAGACGGACGUCAACCUGCUGUCGGACCUGAUCCUGGAGCAGCAGGACUAGGACAGUCCCUUUGAGUCUUUAAAUGUUUUAAUAUUCAGGACCCUCCUGACGCGAGGUCAUGACCCUCGUGAUGUGAGGUCACGACCCUCCUGUGGAACAUUCCUUGUCUUUAUCUCUUUGGUCUUUAACUUUGAUGAAUCGGCACUUUGUGUAUCGUCCGACACAUCUGGAUAAAUUGUUAGAGGUGACGUUUCUUAAGAGACUAUUUACUCUUAAGAGAGUAUUAAAAUUAUAUGUUUUCCUGUUAUAGUGAAUUUAUUAUAACCUGUUUUAAUUGAAAAGGUGUGAGACGUUCAGGCGUUGGUGUGGAUAGUAGGAAAAAAUACUAAACCAGCCAGUGGCCAUUACUAUAUUUUUUUCAGUAUCAAUUUUAUAUUUUUAAGUUAUUUGAACUAGGUCAUAUAGUGAUUAUUGAUCUGAUAUCUGAUCAAUAAGGGUUAGGGAGUUAGAAGAGACUGAGGUCUUUAUUUUAUUGUUUCCUGACUUUGUAAAACUAAAUUUAAGGAAUAAAGUAAAAACAUAUUUGA